GCAGUAGAAGAAGAAAAAGACACGAGCUACACUUUUUAAAUGACAGAAGAAGACGGACUGUAGUGUCAUGUAAUCAUAACAGGUAUCAAGGUUAUUCUGAAGAUUCUGAGGGAAAUUAUGACCAACUUUUGACCUUUAUCAUCAUUUACCGGUAAGUAAAAGAGCUCACAGUCUGUGGUUUUGAAUAAGCUAAAGUGUUUGUUACAUAAGCAGCCAGUGACACCCCAACACUAACGAGCUAGCAGCUGUCGCUAACGUGAGCUAACUGACAGCUGCGUGACGGAGGUCACACCAAGCUCUGUUUAAAAUUAUCCGCAUUGGACACAAAGCUUUUAUUUUGUCAUUUGUAUCAUUGGAAAGGAAGUGUCGUGUUUUGUCACCGUCCGGCUGGUCUAUGAAAAAUAGUACGGCGUGUACCAUGGUGCUUUUAUUGUAACAGUGAGGUCUUGAGGCGUGUUUUAUGAUGUAACCUGGUGGCUUUCACCUGACAUGAAUGAGGAGGAAUACCAGAUAGUUCUGUCAGUGGGGUUCAGUGUGGUUCAUUUCACUGAGAUGAUGAAUCUGCUAAUAGUUAUAUAGACAGAAAAUUAAAAGCAAAAAUAAAUAAAAAACUGAGAAAUAAUCAACUCCAUAUUCCCACAUAAUAGAAACUAAUGCUGCAUGUUUUCUUCUCUCCUCUGGUCAGUCCAGGUCACAAUGAGUGUCCCCUGUGUUUUGUCCUCUGCUGCCCGAAACCUAAGCCUCCAGUGUCCUGUGGCAGGUCUUCUCUGCAGUCGGCUCCUGGGCUCCUGCUCAGGAUCAGGGUGAGUUUUACCCGCUGCUGUAUCCCCUUAAGUCUCUGUAAGCCAUCACUUGACCCGCUUGCAGUGCCUCUGUUGCUUUAUUUGCCACACCUUUACACACAUUUCUGGCUAUUUUCAAGUCACAUCUUAUGUAUAUACUGCCUGAGUUUAUAAGAAUAAAGAGCAUCAUAGCCACCUCAGUAAAACCAAAUGUUAGAAAUCAAGCUCCUGUCAAGCUUGGUCUGAGGUCUAAAGCCAAAAAAUGCACUGAAUUGUGUCUUCCCUUGCUCUAGCUUGCAUACAACUGACUUUCCUGCUCUUCUUUUUGUGUUUGUGGUGUCAGGGCAGACAAUAACAGCUGCUAAGAAAUAAUUGCAACAACCAAAGGUUUAUGUGUAUUUUGAAAACUAGUUUUGGAAAGAUAAGUUUUAGUUAUUAUUGGUUAGAUCGACUUCAUGGUUCUUUUAACAUUUUUAAACACAAAAUCUCCACUUUACCUUCUGCACUGAACAAUUACAUAUAGUGCUUGUGUUCAUGCAUUUGUUACCACAUACAGUAGAAUGGAUGAAUUUUUGAACUCCAUCAAUAAACUGUGUUUGAUUCUGGUUUAUUGGGUCAGCAGAAGAAGUGUAAGUGGCCAACAAACCCAAAAUUAAAUCACAUAAAACCAAAACAAUAUGCGUAGCAAAACACAGCAUGGUGGGAAUCACGGCUUGGGUGCACUGGCCCUUUAAAUUUCCUCAUGCUCGCCCUGAGGACAAAGUCUGCUUACUGUUUUCCUGUAUUGUUGUAACAGAACUCUGCUGUGUUGCUUUUCUCUUGCUCCACAAAAGACUAUCUGAAAUUUGAAAGGCUUCUUUUUUUGAACAGGAGGAGUAUGUCCUCUACACGGCAGAUGGACCAUCUUGAAAGAACAGCAAACAACUCCAGACAAAAUGUAAGAAUGAGUCCUCUUGUCAUCUCUUCAUGCUGACAGAAUCAUUCAGUGAUGGUCCAUCUUGUGAUUAUGAAACAGCUGAUGGCGUGUGUUCUCUCCCUUUGUGUACUUAUGUGUUUUUGUGUAUUUAUGUGUCUGAUUGGGGACCGAACACAGGCUCUGUAUCCAGCCCAAGUGUGCGGCAUUGAGAAUGAAUCUGAGACGGUGAAGCGCUUGAGGUUAGCGGUUCAUCCAGACUUCAGCUUCAAGGCUGGACAGUGGUGAGUAGACGGCUUACUUCACUCUGUCACCCUUUCAGGUUGGAGCUUUACACGUUUGUUUGGAUAGGACUUUUAACUCUUUGAAACAUGAACCUCUUCUCUUUAGGGAAAGCCUCUGUCUUGCCACCAUGUGACCUUCAUUGGUCCGAAACAGAAAGUGUGAUCAUUACACUUUCCUCAUGUGAAAUAAAUAAGCAGAACCUUGCGUGUCCCAGCCUCUGUCAGAGGUUGCUUUAUAAGAGAUCCCUACAGCUCAUUCCUCUUUGCUGUAGUGCUCACAGUCACCACAAGAGGGUGGCAUUGUUUUGUCUUGUUAUCUGUUAGUUUUCUUUUUCCAGAAACAUGUAAAGUGAGCAAAUUGAAUAAUAAAAUCACAUUCAACAUGUUUUUGUGGAAAAAAUGUGUGCUAUAAGAGGGUUUAAAUUAGAAAUCUGGCAGAACUUUUUAUUUAAACUUGACAAAAAAGUAAACAUAAUAAAAAAUAAAUUAAAAAAAGUAAAGAUUUUGAUAACUUCUUCACAGAGAUGGGAAAAUGUGGAGUCACCAAGUCAUCUCCAUGCCAUGUAUUUGUUCUGCUCGGUUACUGAACCAGGUGCCUUCACUUAUGAGCUCACAGUCCUGGCUGCUCAUUGGAAGCAGCUGGUUCAGUGACAGAGCAGAACAAAUACAUGGCAUGGAGAUGACACAAUUCCCACCUCUGCUUCUUCAUUCAUAUAAUUACAUAUUUGCCCACAACUUUGGCUUGAAACAGAGCCUGUUGCACUACUGUUCACACAUAAAAUCUUUGCAACAAAUCAAAAAAAACUGUCAACCUCGCCAAGCACACGGAAAGAGUUAGAUGCUUCCUAGACUGUGUUGUAGGAGGAACAACAUUUCUGUGUAUCAGGUCUGAAGCAGGUAUUAGGAGCGUUUGAUGUACAUUGUUUGGUGCUAUUAGCGUCUGGAAUCCAUUUCAUUGUGAGCUUCCUUCCUGCGUCUUGUUUUCUCUGGCGCUGAACUUCAUAAUAAUUUGAAGCAAACUUCUAGAGGCUCUUUUUUCCCAUCACAACAGAAAGUAAAGUUUUUCUCUGAUGAAAGCACAGCUUUUUUCUGAGUCAGUGUCUAUCAAACAGUGUUGCCAAUGUUAAUUAGUGUUCCUUGCACAUGCGGUAUACGUACAUGAGCCCAUACUGUAGGUGGGCGGUGGUGCGAUUAAAAAAAACGGCAGCCAGUUGCCCCGUGGCGGCUGAUAAUGAAUGUAAAUAGAUGGAAAUCCUGGAGUUUCAGUGUUUCUGAGAGAAAAGGACUGUGAAGUUGUUGGUCGCCAGGUGGGGAGAGGAGGAGGAAAGAAAAGGAGGAGGUAGGUGGGUGGAACAUAUGUGUGCGUCUUCACAGCAGAUCCAUAUUUAUGAUGCCUGUGAGGGCUGCGCAGCCAGUGUCUCUCUCUGGUGUAACAGUGGGUCAUUGUGUUGGUGGAACAUGAGACCAACUGUUUAGCAUUGCUGUUUCCCUCUGAGGGGGCUCUGCCUUGUUUGCUGACGGACAGAUGCGACCAUGUUGGAUGUAGACGAGGGACACCACGCGUUGUUUAAACAUAGCUGCAGGAAAAGUUUCCAUCUGGUUCACUUUUGUUCGACUCUGUUUCUGGAAUGGGCUGCCCUCUUCACUGAGGUCAAAGGGCACCAUGCUGCCUUUAUUCACACUUUGACCCUCAGAGCUGCAUGUUUUUUUUACUUCUUUUGAAUUAACUGUUGUUUGAGAAUCUGCAAAGUCAGCUAUAAUUCAAACAGGAGAAACCAAAGCAUGUAAAGUGUUCGUAUUCUGUCACUUAAGAGCAGGAAUACAUGUGUUUGACAUUUGGAGUAAUUACAGAAAAUCACGUUAAACAUCCCUGUGGUGUAUAAAGUACAGGAAAGACGGUUUGAAUAAUUCAUGAGGAACUUGUGUUUUGUGUUUUUGUGUGCAGGGUGGAUUUCUUCAUCCCUGGUGUAGAGACGGUCGGAGGUUUCUCCAUGUGCUCCAGUCCAGGUCUGCUUCAGAGGGAAGGUGUUGUUGAACUGGCUGUCAAAUACACCAAACACCCUCCAGCGCACUGGGUCCACACCACGGUGAGUGGGGCAGUCAGAUUUGGCCAAUAUGAAAACACUUAAGAAACACACAAUGGCCUUUACCUCGUUACUUAUUAGCAUAAAAUCAGCAGUAUAUUGGCAUCUCUUUGGCUCUUUGGGAACUUAUUGAUUAUUUAAUGUGGGGACAACACACAGACAAAAACAGUAACACAAAGUGAUGCAUUUUAAACUUUGAAACCUCAAGUUAGGUGAGAAAUCUUUAUUCAGCAGUCACUCUGACCCUUUCAUUAUUGAGUCUUAAAAUCCAAAAUCUGUGUUAUAUUCCACAUCAAUAGUUUCUUCCCAGAUGUGCCAUGGAUACUUAUGCACCCUCACCAUCAUGGACUUUUGAACUGUACACUUAGACCAAAUCUGAUUGGCUUUUUCCUUUUUAGCCCGGAGAAGUCAGUGUCCAUAAUUUCCAAACAGAAUUUCACAUUUCUGAACAAAGGAUUUCUGCUUCACCUCAGCUCACCUUAGAUAAGCCUGGGCCCGUGUUCAUAUAUGGUCUUUUCUUUGCCUUUUACAGUUUAACAUUUAUUUUUCAAUGUAGCACAAACUGUUUUUACAGACAGUGGUUUUUACAAGAAGUUCUCAGCUCAUGCAGUGAUUCCCACUACAGAGUCGUGUCUGGUUUUAAUGCAGUGCUGCCUGAGGGCCCGUAGAUCACUGCUAUCCACUAUCUGGAUACUCAUCCUCCCUUAAUUGAGCCCUAUUAAUACCUAAUAUUUAUAAGUGAGACGGUGUUAUUUGAACACAGAUUGAAUAAGUUUAAAACACUUAACACUGAUUUUUUUUUUUUUUCCAAACUGGGUCUUUUCCUAAGUCUGAACUUGACUGAGCCCUUUGUAGAUCAUACAUUUAUAAUUGAUAAGCACCUCUCAAGCUAAAUCUAAAGUAAAAUAUACUGAUAUCAACACAAGAAGGCAAGUAAACACAAGUAUUAUAUUCAGCAAACCACCGAACGUUGAGUAACGUAACGUAACGUAACGUAACGUCUCCAGUGGGUUGGGCGAUUCCAAAAUGGUGAAAAUAAGGGGGGUGUUCUAAAACAGGCUGUUACCUAUGAACGGGGGUUCUCUAAAAACAUCUUCAUUAGCACUUGGUACAUUCCUCCUGAGGAAAUUAACCCAUAGACUGUAUAUAGAAUGGACAGAGUCUGCCUCCUUGCUGGGUGAAGCCACUCCGAGAACAGCACCCUCUGUUGGCAGGCUGCAGUAUAGGUCAUAAAUCCCGCCUCUGCCAGUAAACCCUACAUAGCUGUGGACAAACUUUAGAAAUUAAUUACACAGAAUAUUAAUUUUUUUCCCCCUGCUUGCGAUUUUGACAUGUAGUUAUUGUAAGAUUGGUUUGUGCUCAACUGCUCUUUUUUUCUGUGCAGCUUUGUUUAAAAAAGUUAUUAGUCUCAAGUUUUCUAUGAUUGACACUUGAUACAGCCUAUGGACGUACAAGGAUUGCGUAGCUCACCCGGGGGAUACGCUGUUUUAGCCAAGCGUCAUCACAGCGACUCUCCUGUUGAAUGCGUACAAUACUACUGCGCAAUGUUGGUUUCAGGAAAUGGAGAAAAAAAUGCAAAAUUACAGAGACCUUUUGGCUUCAAAUCUGUAUACUGGCGGAAGGCGGAACCAAGUUGUCCAUAGUAUACACAGUCUAUGAAUUAACCAUAGACUGUAAAUUGACGCAGAAAAAAAAUCGAGUUGACCAAUCAGAAUUUUGCUCGAUUCAGCGCGUAUCAACCACUAAGUUGAGCCGUCGACAAGGACUUUACAGACCUCGUAAUUUGCAUGGCUUCUCAUUAUAGUGCCUCCUCUCAGUAACGCUGUUUCUUUCCAAAGUAUAUUAAGACUAUAAUUCAUAGACAAAAAAUUCCUUCUACUUUUGAUAAGCAGUCAUUAGAAAGUUUGGUCUCACCAACAGCCAAGAAGUUGUAGAUUAUAGUUGCACAGAAAUUACCAAGUGCUUUAAAAUGCUCCCACAAGAGCCAACAAAGCUGCUAAGAGCCGCAAAUAUACAAUAACACACUGGCUCAUAUACCUCCAUUAUAAAGUGAUGUCACCUUUUCUCAUAUGGAGAAGUCCUGAAAAUGUCGAGAGCGCCAAGAUUUCCCAAAACUACAGUGAAAGUCACUUGGAGAGAUUGCUGCCGAAGAGCAGGAGUAUUAAGGAAUCCUGUGGUUUUAGCUUUGCUGCUAUAAGAUAAAACGCUAAAAACGAGUGAAAAUAAUCAGGGUUCUUCAAUUCAAAAAGACGCUCCUCGAAGAAAGAUAAAAAAAGACGUUGAAUGGUGUCAGUCUCAGCUUUGCUUUCUUCAUCAUAAAGGUAUUAAGUCCAAACGAGUCCCACUGAAAGUUCUUCAUGCACAGAAUUGUGUUUUUCCUACAAUGAGUCUCCUCGUUUUUAUUUAAUCCAGUGUGUGCGAGUCGUGGUGUAAAAUCCACAAUGUUUCCUUUCUGCUUACCUUUCCCGUCCAUUUCUGUACUCGGCGUGUUUGUUUGCAGCUUCUGUGUUUGAUGAUGGGCCCUAAUAAAUAGCUUUGAGCUGGUGCGCUGUGUGUAAAUAAGUAUCAGAAAGCGCUGUGAUGUGUUUGAGUGUUCAGACUUUUACAGCUCUGUGCUCGGGGAACGUUUGAUGAUGCAUGUUUGAUAUUUGCGCUCCGACUCCUCUCCGCGAGCAGGAAUAGCGCAGGGACCAUGACAGCAGAUUAAGAGUGCGAGCAUUGUUAUUAUGUGUAUGUGAGCUCACUUGUGCACAAAAGCAGAUGCAGGCAUAUUUGCAGCUUCUUAUGACUUCAAAAGACCUUCUCUGCCCAGCUCGUGAAAUCACUUCCCCCUGUAGCACAGCAAAGGUUUGUUGUGUUUAUGCAUGUGGAUCUAAAAGUGGCUUUUUACUGUUUCCCGGGGCUGUGGCAAAGUUCACGAGAUGCUGUAUUUUUCUUGGAAUUUAUUUCCUAUUUCAAAUUUGUUUCAGCUGCCAAGUAUUUUGGAGCAAAAAAGGCUCAAUAUGCCAUCUGAUUUUGCCACUUUUUUUGUUUCUUUUCCCCACUCUCUCUCUCUUUUCCCUCCCUUCUUCUCCCCAGUGUACAGUCGGCUCUCAGGUGGCGAUGCGUGUCGGUGGAGACUUCUACUUCGACCCCUCGCCCUCCGACCCGGCUGUGGAUCUGCUGCUGUUAGCUGGCGGCGUUGGGAUCAACCCCUUGUACUCCAUCCUGCUGCACACCACGGAUCUGCUGCAUCUCAACCAGGCAUCUGGAGGGCGUGACUACAACAUAGGCUCCGCCCACAUCUGCUACAGUGCCAAGAACACACAGGAACUGCUCUUUAAGGUGCGGCAUUACAUUCGAUCUGUAAAGAAACUUAAAACACUGGUUUAUUUUAUCAAGAAGGUCUUUGCUGCGAAUGUCUGACAGCCGACCUUCUGUGUUCCCAGAGCUCCAUCAUUGAGGCGUGUCGGGAGUUCCCUGACAAGUUCUCCUGUGACCUCCACGUCACGCAACAGAGCACAGAUGUUGACCCACACCUCCAGCCAUUCCUCAACCGUAAGUAAAGACCAUUCGCACACACACACACACACACACUCCUACACACUCUUCUUUGCCAAGUAGAAACUUCAGUAGUAGAGCUGAACAGACUCUGUAAAAGCUGCAGCUGGGUGACUCAGAGGCUGCAGAAUUCAUUGACUUCUCAUGUGUCUCAAGGUGGACGAGUCACAAGGGAGGAGCUGCGGGUUCACGUGGACCCACAGAGGACUUUGUGCUUCCUGUGCGGCCCGCCGCCGAUGAUCGAAGCACUUUCAAAAACCCUCACAGACCUCGGCCUUCCAAAAGACAGAAUCCUCUUUGAGAAAUGGUGGUAGGACCCGAGGACCCUGCGGAGAACCCCUCCUGAUCAGUGCCCCGUUUCCUGCCUGCAGGGAAGUUCGGAGGUGUGUGGCGAAUUGAGAGAAAGUGGAAUAUUGAGGAAAGUCACCCUGCGAUCAUGCUGCUGCAACCUGUGCCUGAUCUGUGAUGGAGCGCCGGGACCGCCCACUCUCUAUCCAGCAGCUGACUCACAAAGACAACAGAGAGGAUUUUUAUUCCUCCAGAUCCGUGAAGAAGACUGAACAGACUGUAAAAUCUCAACUUUGGCAUGAUAUUUUUCAGCUUCCUGCCUCUAUGAAUAUGGCAACGAUUGUGAAAGACCAUGUGACUGAGUUUGUGGGGCAUCAUCAAAUCUGGUCUCAUUGGUAGCUUUUAUGACUGCCUGAGGACUUGCUGGAGUCGAGUCACGGGUGAUGUUCAGUUUCACCCCAAACACGUCGACAUUUUAAGUAGCUACUUCUUCCAGUUACAAUUUGCCGUUUCUGUGAAGAUAAUCACUUUGUGCAGUGAGUCAGAUAAGGAGAUCAUGAGCAUUCUGUAGCUGUUAGUGCAGCUUAAAACAAGGACAGAGAUGCAUACAUAACUAAGUAACAGGCUACAUAAUUAACUAUCAAACUACCAGGAAUUAAAGGUAAAUCCUCCACAUAAUGCAACACCUCGUACAAUGUGUUCCUUUUUUAGUUUUAGGCAAAAUUGUUUCGUCAACCAGUUUUGCAAAGAGAGCAACAGACGGUGACACACUAGAACAUGCAGCUUCCAAAUGUUUCAAGUCUGGGCUGCCGACCACUAGAGGAGGUGAAGCUGAGGGUUCUUUCUUUGUAGAUUCACUAUCAGCCUGAUGUGGAUCUGCUAGUUCUUUUAUGCAAUUGCCCCUGUUUUGCUGCUGUAGAACAAGUUUGUGCAUUAAUUUUAUUGAGCCCUCCAUCAUAACUCCCGCCUCCCCCCAUACACACUGGUGUUACCCCCCUAUUAGGGAAUUCCUGACUGAGUUUUCUACCUCGUCUCUGCCAGUCUGUCAUAUAUAUUUCCAUUAGUUCCACCAUCAGCUCUGUAUUUUGUAUUUCUCUGUCAGUGUCUAGUUUGAGUGUCUUAACGUUCUCCUGCAUUUCCCCACCGCUUUCUCCCUUUUUUACCCACAGUAAAAAACUGGAUCAGUCAGACAUCUUAUCACAGAGUCUUGCUGCAUUUGAGUAACCUCGGAAGUCAGAUGUCGUAGCUGGGAAUGACGUCACACCCAAGUGUGAAAAAAGCAAAAUCGGAGGCGUAAACAAGAUGGCUACAUCGAAAAAAAAGGAUGCUAAAAUAACAAGCGCUAAAAUAACUUUCGUAGAUGUAGCCAUCUUGAUUCCUCCUCUGAUUUUGCUUUUUCUGACUUGGUAACUGAAACUCUGGUAACUCAGGUGUGACGUCAUUCCGACAUCUGACUUCCAAGAUAACUCGAACGCAGCAUCUGUGACUUAAGCUGUUACCAUAGCGAUGGUCUGCUAUUGAGAUGUAAAUACUGUUGCUGUGGAAUAUUGACAAAUCAGAAUCAAGUAUUAAACACAGCUAUGAAAUUACAAAAUAUUACUUGUUAAAUAAACUGUGAGGCAGAUUUCCUAAACUCUUUUUAUCUCACUCUUUGCAAGACACAGAAAAGUGAAUUUCAAAAAUGCCAACUGUUGCUUUAAAGUCUCUUGUGGUAUAGAGGAUCAGGCCAGACAAUUGUAACCUGUACUGUUAAUUUACACUUUUAAUAAGUGUUUAAAGUGGCUUAUUUUCUUUUGACAAAGUACCUCAGUUAUUUUAUUACACUUUUUUUAAGAAAGUGUUUUACUGUGAGAGUGCAAACUUAAUAAAAUAGCUCUGAUAUUUAUUAGCAGAAGUGAAGGUUGGAAACAGUUUGACUGAGUUACUGUCUGUAAUGUUUUUCAUUUUAUUCACAUGCAAACUUCUCAAGCUGUAUAUUUUUAGAAUCAGACGCUUCUCAUCCUCCCACUUCUUGGCCAGCUUCCCCGCCUGGUUUACCCACUCUGAUUGUUAUGCAUACAGUGCCCAUCUCAAUGCACAUUUAACUCAAUCACACCUAUUAACACGGUGAAGUGAGUAUCCCAUGGUGCACUGUAAUGGAACCUCCAGGUGGUCUCUGAUUGGCUCAGAUCACUGAACAUCCCUCGGAGAUGGGAGCGAGUUUCUUGUUGUCAUCUAUCAGUGGGGGGGUCGCGCUCUUGAGACUCAUUUUCGAGUUGUUUCUGCAUUUCUUUCUCGUGUGAGGAAAUAAAGGAAAUUGAGUCGAUCUGUUUCGGAACACUUUAUUGACCUCUGCUUUUAUAUAAAGACACACGUGUCACACUACUUACACACCACUGAGCUCGUCCAGGAAAUAAGUCAUAAAAAGUCAAUUUCUAAUUUACACAUUUUUAAGGAGAAAACCCUUUACAAGCGAGCUCCAGCAAAUUAUUAAGAGUUUUGUAUUAUUUUCUAUUUAUUUCUCCAGGAUCUUACCAAACACAUUUUUGCCGUUUCCCCAGCGUUGAAUAAAAAAUUAAUAACAGCAUCAUGUUCUCCUGGAGGCGGUGGUGAAGCUGCUCUAGAUAAUCACCGAUCUUGUUGUUUCCUUUGGCGAGAAACUGAAGAUAUGGUGCCUGAAAAAUAUAACCUUUGUGUGCAUGACAUUUCUUACUGAAAAUGAACUUUAUUUUUUUAUGCAAAAAGCAUCAAAAACGCAAAUCAUUUUACCUCCAUGUGGAAUCCUUUAAGUUGUGUUGUUUGGGUUUUUUCUUUAAUCAGCUGAUACUGACAUAUGUAUGUGGUGUUUCUGAUCAGUAUCAGUGUAUAAACUCCAUUUGGUAAAAGCAGAUGCAUCAUUCAGGCUCAAGUACAUGCAAACAUGAUUUUUUUGACGGGUCCCUUCUUGUUUCUUUCUUAAAUAACAUACUGAACAAAUGAACUUACAGCAUACCCAAAGGGGUCAGCUCUCCCUUUUUAACAGUCAUAUGAUAGCACAAGAAAGUAGUAAAGUACAGCAACUGGAAAUCAUUGUUAAGGCUUGAACAGGAGACUUGCUCUAAAGGUAAGCCAUUUAAACAUUCAAUCCAAACACAGUCCUAUCAAAAGUUUUAUUCCAGAAAUCCAUGAUAGCAUUUCUUUUAUUUAAAACUAUUUUCAAUUGUGAGAAAUAUAAUAAGAGUUGUUCACAACAACAUUCUUACUGGUGGAAACUGUGGAAUCUGAGGCUAUUUCUUACCAAUACAAAUCAAUUCAGGAUAUCUUCUAAUACAUUAAAAGUAUAAGUGGCCAUUUUAACAUCAUAACAGCUAGACUGGAGAAGGAUACUGGUAAUUCAAGUCCUUCCUAGUAGAAAGUUAAAAUAUCCACAAUGUUUAUCUCCCAACAGAAUCAACAAUUUACACUGCAAUCAAAUUACUUUCUCUCCCAGCUCAGAUAACUCUGCAAGUGUCUGUUUAAAAAUUUAAUUUCUAAUGUCUUCUGAACAAUUGUUUCAUUUAAGUGUUUUAUAAAAUUCGAAAUACAAUGUGGCAGGUAGGAAAUCACUACAGAUAUAAAUUUGUGUUACUGCGACAUGCAAAAUGCUGUUUUAUUUGUAGGCCUUUCGAGAGAGCUGUAAUUAAUUGUGUACUUUCAGAUAUCCAAAAAUUGAGGGUUUUACAUUUUUGGAGCUUAUUUUGAGGAUAAACAACAAAAAAGAAGAAUUCACACAACAUUAAUUAACACUAAUUCCCUCAACAUCUCCUCACUUGUGUAACUGUGUGUUUAAGUGUGUGUGGUGUGUUUUCUCUGGGUGAGCUAAUUAAGCUAACUGUCACCUGGAGAAUCCUGAUUGGUGCGGCAUUGUAGGCCUCCCUCCAAUCAGAGCAGGUCAUCUACCUCUAUGGUAGCUCUAUGGUAGUCUACGUCCACAUUCAUCUUUAAGAUUGUACAUUAGUUCCCUAGAAUUAGAGAUAUUAGUUAAUUUAUUUGUUGUGUUUUGUUGGCUGGUUCAAAAAGCCUAGUGAAAGGUGGAUGGUUAAAGGUAAUGGUCGGAAACGGUAGCGCCUCUAAGCGAUUGGAUAGACCUACAACCAAUCAGAUUAAUACAGUGACGUAGAGCAACAUAAGCGUAAACGUGGGAAAAUAACGUCUUACCAAAUACCAAUGAGCGCUGUGUACACAGUUGUACCUUCUUGUACGGUUGGUGCCAUACAGAUCGAUAAUAACAUUAAAAAAUGCUUCAUUGCCUUGAUAAAUGUAAGUAAAUCCAGUAUUCUUAUAAAUCAGUUGCCAGUCAUUGCCAUUCCAAGUCUCCAGCUUCUAAUCAUUCCUGCAACAUCACUGUUUUUCUACAGUCUUAGUGGUUAUAGGUCUGCACAAUCGCACCAAAAGGUACUCAAACGGAAAGACUUCAGAAGACGAUAUCUGAGGUUGAAAAGUAAAUACACAUUAAAGGGAUAUUCCGGUGUAAAAAUUAUUUAGGGUCAAACACACCGUAAUACUGAGUUAGACACCCCCUCAACAGAUGAAUGUUGCCAACCGCUUGCUUCUCUAGUUGUACCAACUUUAGUAACGACCGCAGGAUAGCAAUACACAGCGGUCUGAGGAGCCAUAAACAAACCUCAACCAAAACGCCACUCUAUAGCCACAAAUAAUGCUCAGAACAGUACCUAACUUCAUCAACAGUACAUAUAGGGUCCCACCCAUAGCACUAGCCAUCAAACAUCUUCAUAACUUUGCCUAAUUUCUUUAGCAAAGAGACUAAACACAACUCACCUACUCUAUUCCAGCAGACACUUGUUUGUAGUGAGACCUCAGGCCAGUCCAAUACAGACUGCUGCGGGGUGACACAGCUCAAUGAAGAACAAUUAUGAUCAUUACUUCAUGGAAAUGCAACCAGACCGAGACGCUAAGACAGAAGAACUACUGCGUCUGCAAAAUGAUUCAUAUGAUUAUUACUUCAAGGAAAUGAUAAAGAGGGAGUGUCUAACUCGGCGUACUGGUGGUUUGACCCUAAAUCAAUUUUACAUCAGAAUAUCCCUUUAAUGGUCAAAGUGACGUCAUUUGUUCAUCCAAGAAUAUUAUUAUGGAUAUCUGAAAUGACAUGGAGGAACUGAGUUACAUGUAUGUGUCUGAUGAAUAAGCAGGCUAGCUGUUAUAUGUUUUAGUCUUACAAACUUUCUAUUUUUGAGCUCUUACAGCCUUAUAUAGUUUUAUUCAUAACAUAGAUCACAGAGCAACACUGACCCUAGGCAGAGAACAGCACAAUACUUUCCCUUUAGUAGGGGCUACAACCUCAGCCUUGCAAGAGUGUUAACACCUAAAUCAAAACAGACCACAGCAGCUUCUGUACAUGAUGACUCGUUUCAGUACAGCUCUCCACAGAACAACUUCAGUUCAACAAAAAGUUUUCAAAGGCCCUUUUAGACCAAAUAAGAAGUUCCUGUCGUGUUCCUGAUGUGUCAACAGACUCCAGAAAACAGCUGCUGUUUGAUCCGCUCCUCUGUCUUCACCUCCUCUUUGACCCCUCCUUCAUCCCUCCUGCAAACAUCUGUCCACCUCACAGACUUCCCCUGAGUGGAUAGCAGGAUCUCGUCGAUGUCCGUCUCCUCUUCCUGAUCUUCAACGUAAACCCUGCUUCCUGGCAGGAACGAGAGCCGCCUUUGAUACCGCUCUUCCUCCUCCUCGCUCUCCUCUACGCCCUUCUGAAGGCUGUCCCUGCUCUUCCUCCUCUCUGCCUCGUCUUCCUCCUCUAUUGUGUAUCUCCUCCACCUGUCCAUCUCCGUCUCCAUCACGGGGGACCUGUCCUCUCUCUCCUCCUGCGUUUCUCCGCUUGAUUUUUUCUUUGCCUUGCUGCGACCCCUGAGGUUGAGCAUCUGAAACCAGAUAGAUGUGUUUGAGACAGUUUCGGGCUUUGUGUUGUUUCUUUUUCUUUCCAUCUCUCCAGACACCUGACAAACUGCAACAAAGCAUCUUUCAUUGACGCCUCUCUCCUGUACACUUUCAGGUCGGCUACCUGCCUAUUCUUAGACUUCUCCUAAGUGGGUUUAUAUUUGCUGUACAUCCCAUAUUUAGUAACAUGACUUUUUAAUGACAUAUCCUAAAGGUACAACAGAGACGAGUGACAGAUUCACAGUGGAGAUGGAAGACAAAGGGGAGCAAACCUUGAAGUCUUUUCUCUUGCGCUGCAAAACAGGUCUCUGAAGGAAGAGGAUCUGCUUUGUCGACAAACUCCCGUCACUGCGGAGAGAAAGAAGAAAAGCACUUUUACUACUGUUAGCUGUUAUGUUAUAUCCUGAAGUGUCUGCACAUCUCUCUUCGUAUAUCUAAAUCCAGCGUCUUUGAGGAGUAAAAAGUGACAGGUUACAAGACUACAGCACAGCAGCGACUGUUUCUUUUUUUUUGUGUGUGUUCCCGGCUCCGACAGAUUUCAAAGUGGGUUUCAUGUUGAGAUGAGCAUACGAUCAUGAUUUGUCAGAUCUCAAACCAUCUGUCCUGUGUGUCUGAGCUACACUGAAGGCUCUAAUCCCCAAACAAUAAGACAGACAAUGCAAUUAGUCCAAGCUCAUUUCAUAUCUUAUUUAAAGUGAUCAAAUGUAGAAAAAGAAAGAAAUGAAAGGCGGAUUUAGUGGUUAUUUUUGGAAUACAUUUAAGCAGUGAUCAUUUUACAAUCAAUCAAUGAUUAUAUGGUGAUAAAAUAACAGAAAGUGUUGGAAAAUGAUCAUCACAAUUUCCCAAAGCCCAGAUUAGUGUCUUCAUAUUUUUAUUUACUUUUUAAACAGUUCAAAUCCCCCAAAGACUUUCUAUUUACAAAACGACUAAAGACAAUAAUCCCAGCAUUUAGAAGCUGAAACAUGAUUUCAAAAUCAAAACACUCAAAGGAACGACUAAUAAAUCUUGAAGCGAUGUGAGUUUAUAUUUUAACUCUGGAGUCUCUGGUUCUUGUAGCUACCUGUUGGUCUUGACAAUCGGCGUCGGUAACACACACAUCAACCUCCAUCCGUAAGGAGCCAGAGACUGGAGCAAAGGGACAUAGUCUGCCUUCACCACAACACCCUGAGCAGCAGAGAGAGGCACAAAAUCAUUAAAAAUACAGACGCAGUUCACGCUUUCUCCUCGUAUAAGAUCUGAAUGGUCAUAUCUUAAAGAGCCCAUUGUGCCCACAUACUUUUAUUGGAAAUACAGUCCCAGAUUGCAUCUCUAAAAGUUUCAGAGCAUGUGAUAAUUGGCCACCUCUUCUUUGGAGUCAUCUACCAGUCAGGGUCUGGGAGGCAGGUGUCUUUCCAACUUUUUUAAAAUAGACUUGAAGGUUUUCUUUUUAAGGUUAGUUUUCGCUUGAGAUUGCCUUAGAGAACCCUCCCUUCUGCUGAUACAGGCUUACACCCCACAGGGGGGCUUGUGCGUCAUGUUCUGUCCAACAGUGCACACCCUAGCCUGCUGGGAGUGUUUGAAGUGCUGUGCAGCAGAGUGCAGCAGGAGCAGCUGAACUCAUAUACAGAAAACAACCUACUAAUAACAGGUGACUUCACCUCUGUGUGGUUGAUUUACUGCUAAAAUAGUCACCAUGAAGGGUGUGUGUCUACUGCUGAUGUGCCUGCUAUAUAAUAAAGUUUCAUUUUCUGUUACCUACGGAUAAAGUAAGCAGAUAAAAGUUCUUCUGGGGUCAACAUGGAUCACAGAUAAGCUAUGAGGUUGUUCUUCUGUGUUGAGGUUACAUCCAUCAUUAUGAUCUGAUAUUAGCUCAGGAGUCAGCAUACUGUGUUUUAUCUUGAAAUCAAUUAAAUGACAUAUUCACUUCUCUCUGUUCAGCUUGACGGCAUGGGCUCUGUUGAAAAUAGAUAUGGGAGAAGCUUCUGGGACAGAGCUACGGUGCUCCCUGUAGAGACACGAGCAUUGACUAAAACAGGCACGGAUCAGCUCCAGAGUGCGCGGAGCUGACUGAACGCUGUGCACAAGCAUCCUGUGGGUUCCUCCCCUGCACUCCCUGUGGAAACAUGGGCAUUGACUAGAACAAGAAAGGGUAACCCCUGAGGAGCAUGGCACAGGGGGAUGAGACACAUCAAGCCCCUGUUUCUCCUUUGUAUUAUCAUUGUGAUCAUUACUAAUGCAAAAGCUCAUAUCAGACUGUCACUGGUACUAUUUUAAGAUCAGCUGUAGCCACAUCAUUAUCAUUACUGCGCUGUUAGUACAUGCUUAUACUGUUAUUCAUGGCAUUGUACCUAUCAGCCUGUAUUAUCCCCUGUUCUUCUUGCUGUAAUUGAUCGUCUCUCUCUCUUAGCCUAUCCAGCUGUAGCAGAUGGCAACCAACCAGUCAGUCUGGUUUAGCUCAAGUUUUCUGCCUGUAUAACUGGGCGGUGUUCAACCAAAAGAGACGAAUUAAAUAAUUUGAUUGGACUCACAAAAGGAAAAUAAGCACCAACACAUUACGGUAUGACUUCAGGUACAAAUUUCAGCUCCGUCACAAGCGUGCACUACUUUCUCUCCUUUCCCCUCUUGCGUUAUGUUUGACAGAAAAGAGCUUAAGUCUUCAGUCACACUGGAUUUCUCACGGUGCACAUCUUCCAAGAGUAUUAAAAACUCGAAAAGACCCACAUCAACGACGGUCCACUGCUCCACCACGAUGGCGUCGUAGGAGGUUCCUGUGGUCUCCUCUGCAGAGCUCUGGAAGAUGAACACACUGUCCACACACGAAACCCCAUUGUCUGCAGAAAGAGGACAAAUUAGAGACAGAGUCAGACAAACAGAGGAGGAUAUGCGUGCGUGUGUGCGUGUGUGUGUGUGGUUUAGACAAGAGUUACAGGCUCAUCUCCGCUGUACAAUCUCUCACUAUUGAUCCCCUGUUCCCUUUGCUUUAAGCCUUCUUAUUCCACGGGUGACUGAGCAGUGACUUAUGGAGUAAGCCGCAGACUUACGGCACAUAACUCCAUGAAUGCCAUCCAGCACCCAGCAGAGGAGCGGUGAUGUACAGCAGGAGAGAAUUUCUGCUUUUGUCAGGAACUAGCAGGACUCCAACAGUGAAAAUUCUCAGUUCAGUUCAGUUCUCAGGCUGUUUUGAUCAACUUUCUACACAAAUACAUGAUCAAACAACUUGAUCUGAUGUGAAAGGGAAAACCUUUGCAGAAAUAAGACAACUGGAUGAAGCGUUUAGAACAGGACUUGAUACUGUCACAACCUUUUCUGUGAGGACACAAGAAUGAAAUUCACCAUGACGAUUUCUGAUGAUGCUUGAAACUCUUGUGACUUCGAUUAAAACUGGACACUUCCUGGUACAUUUGCUCAAUUGUUCGGCUUUUAAAUGCUGAGAAAUCUUCCCCUUGCGUAAGUUGAGGGCCAAAACGCUUGCAUAAAUGACAUUCGUUCUUCGCUGUUUUCAAGGACGUACCAUUCUCCUCGCUGAGGUGGAAAAACCCGUCGAUGAGCUGCGCGCCGCUAGUGAAAUGCUGAGUCAUGUGGUCGAGCCAGUGUGUGUCCACCUCUGUGAUCUGGCCCGCUUCCUUAUGAACUUGCAGCGGCACCCUGAGGGAGUAAAACCUCAAAGACGUGUUCAGCUCCCCGGUGAGGUUGUACAAGGCGAAGAGCUGCAUCCCUACAGGCGGGAACAUGGAAGCAAAAUUAACGGUUUGAAAAAAAAUCAUGUUGUGUGAUGAUGAUCGUCUUAUGAUCCCACUACAAACAGGCAACUACUUACUACCCUGAGCUGGUGGUGACGUUGAGUCCUUCCCCUUCUCUGAACUCUUCAUCCGGAUAUGGUUGUUGUUGUGUGUCGUCACUCUGCUCUGCCCAUCUGAAAAGGCAGAGCUGCAUUUCCUCUCGUGGUUUCGGUCCAGUUCUGGGGAGCUGAGCCAGCUGUCAGAGCUCGAACUCUGCCUCUCUCUCUGUAUGGACGCUUUGACGUCCGGUAGGUGGCCCCUGGUCUGUCUGAUCAUGCCUGCAGUCUCUAGAGGGUUAGGACUCAGCUGGGUCUCCUCUUCAUCUUCAUCUCCUUCUGCUGGAUUUUGAUGUGGACACCUUUGAACUGCCUCUACGUCAGGCCUGCUGUGGAUUUGAGGUUGGUCUGUUUGGUCUUUGAAAAGCUUGUUGGACUCUUCGCAGUUGGGUUCCACACUCUGGGUGGGAUUUAGAGACUUGUGAUCCCAUGUGUGCUCUGCAGCUUCAUUAUCCGACUCUGGGGACUCAAAGGGAAAGUCAGGCUCUGUGACGUUAUGAUGCGGCUCUGUUGGAUCUGUCGGGCUGGUGUUGGCACUGAAAGGGUGGCGACGUAUGGGCGAGGGGCUUGAAUGCAGAGAUGACAAAUCCUCUGGGUCCCAGUUCCCUAAGUAGCAGGGUCCUCCACCCGGCUGCUGGAGGAAACCUACAAACAUCAGCCCUUGCUCUGCAACAUCCUGGAUCUGCAAGGUUUGAUACACACACACACAACGUUAACAUCCACUCACAGUGUUUUGGUCUAAAUCUGAGUGACACAUUAAUAUAAAGGAAGCCAAUCACAGCACGACAAAUAAAUUUGCACCUUCUUUUCUACGAGUCAGACAAACAAAGCCUCAUUUACACACAAACAAAGGCUGACGUACACAGAGUCGAUAUUCUGCAAAAUAACAACCUACCUAAUCAUCUGCAAAGAUCAAAUAUUCAAAUGACAAAAGGAACUCAUUAUCUCAACGCCUCUGUGUGUGUGCAAAUGUGUGUGUGUGUGUGUGUGUGUGUGUGUGUGUGUGUGUGUGUGUGUGUGUGUGCUGCUCUCUCCCGUAGGGUUCUGCUGGUUAAUUGUCAGCUGAUAUUUGGGCUGACAGAUUCAGACAGCCUCAACAGGAGAGAAAUCAGAUCGCAAACUACCACCAAACAAUAAUGAGACGCAUCGUCUUCCUAUUAUUCACGACUUUUGACACUUCACUCAUCCAUACACACACACACACACACACACACACACACACACACACACACACACACACACAUCAUAAAAGUAAACAGCCUCUCUAUCACCACCCAAUAGGCUCACAAGAAUCACACACUAACACACUUUUAUCUGAUGGUGAGUCUGGAGACAGAUUGAGAGUGGGUGGGCUUGUGAGUUGCUGGAAAAAUAGAAGUAUAGAAUUUCAAAACUCCACACACACACACACACUCAGACACACACUCACUCACACACACAUAAGCCUGUCACUCUCAGCCCGGUGCUGCUCCCAGGUUCUUAUCUGGAACUCUCUCUGGCAGUUUUUGAUCUGAUUGGUUAUUCAUGUCACGCUGCAGAAGCCUAUCACAUUAUGCUCAGUGAUGUGCAUUUCCAUCCAAUCAGGUUUCCCUUUGUGCUCGAUGGGUGUUCAGAUGCAAAUCUAUUCAAUAGCGCACAUUUUCAUUUCCCAUUGUUGGACUGUUGGCGAAUUCAUGAGCAGAGAGGCUAAAAGUGAGUUUUACAGCACAUAAAGGCCAGUCAUGACGCUGUGGCCGAUUGGCUAUUUCAGGGUUAAACCUUCCCAUACCUUCCCAUAGCUCUCUGUUUCAUGUGUAAAUCCUCCUUUUGUUUUCCAGGUAUGAAAUACCAGUAUGCAAAUCAAGUAGUGCUUGAAUUCUCCCAAUCAGGUAAAUUCACUAAAUUUGAAAUGGAAAACCUUGAAUCAAAUUUGCUCCGUUUGAAUUAAACAGACCGCAUGUCAGGACAAGAUGCACCGUUAGCAUAUGUCACAGACAGGCAAUUAUCGGCAUCUGUCUGUAGGCCUUUGAGCCCCUUAAUGUUUCUGUCACAGUCACAGCAGCGCAGCACAAACAUGAAACGCAAACAUAAAAAACAACAACACACAAAGCAACAAGUAGACUGAGAUAAAAACAGAGGCAGAUUUAAAUUCAAGAGUGCUUCAUUUGUUUAGUCUUAAACUCCUGUCCUUUGAUAUUUUAGGAAAACAAGUAUCAUUAUUCAUAUGACAGAACCAAAUAUUUUUACUGGUCUUGUG